AUGAAGCAGGAUCAUGGUGAUACGCAGGGCAUCCACCCAUUAGAGGCUGCGCGCGGACACCAUAGGCAUAUACCCCUUGCUAUUGCCCAAGCCCUAGAGCAGGCUCAGGUAUCGAUGGAGCAGCUUGAUGGCAUUGCCGUGACGCGUGGGCCUGGCAUGCCUGGAUGCCUGUCGGUAGGCAUGGCAGCAGCCAAGACCUUGGCGACUGUCCUACACAAACCUCUGAUCUAUGUGCACCAUAUGCGAGCGCACGCGCUCACCCCACUUUUGACUGAAGCGCAGCCGCCUACGUUUCCUUUUCUGACGCUUCUCGUGUCGGGUGGACAUACCCAGCUUGUGCUAGCGCAUAGUCUUGACCACUUCCAAAUCCUCGCUACGACCCUGGACGACUCAGUAGGGAACUCGUUCGAUAAGUUUGCGCGUGAACUGCAACUAGGGUGGCAGAGCGCGUCAGGCGCACUGGUCGAGCAGCUUGCUACAAAACAUGUACCCUCGAGCACGCAUAUAUAUACCUUACCGCGCAUUCUGCUGGGGACGUCCACCUUCUCUUACGCUGGCCUCCGAUCUGCCUCCACACGACUCAUUGGCUUGGCUGGCGGGCCUGAGAAUAUGACCCCUGAGGCCAAGGCAGCGAUGGCGUACGAGUUCCAACUCGCUGCCUUUGCCCCGUUGGAGGACAAAAUCACAAGAGCUCUCUCUCUCCGUCCGCCCAAAAAAGGCUGGAGCUUGCGCGACGACAGUGUCCUCUCGCCCUCGUCCAUCACGAGCGUGGUGUGCAGUGGCGGUGUGGCUUCCAACCAAUUUCUGCGUGCACGACUACGCAUGGCGCUGGAUGCAUGUGGUCGAACGGAUGUCCAAUUGCACUUCCCACCUGUGUCGCUGUGCGUCGACAAUGCUGCUAUGAUUGCCUGGGCAGGUCAUUUGUACUGGGAUACUCGAACCCAUGACGUAUCGCCUCAUGUCAUCGCAAAAUGGCCCGUAUCGUAA